AUCCGUUUUUCGCAAAGAAAUUGCUAUCGCUUCUCCGGGUAGAGAUAAAAAAAGUGUUAGUUCGAAUCGGAGGCGAUAUAUCCGAGCGGAGUAAAAUAAAGCGAUUCAUGCAUAAACGCACGUGUCUAACCACAAAGCUCACGGAACAGUAGAGCGAGAGAGCUGAGUGGCACAGUAACUGAAGACGAUGAUGAUGCAGGCUCGCGUAUCUCUCUGCACCAGCUCGAAGCUUCACUCUCUAUUUACGCUUACUUGUAAACUUGGAAUUGUUUUUUAUCGGUUAGCCAAGAAUGGGGGCGAAUGAUGUUCUUGCGAGGCUGAACAGCUCUGGUUUUUUACAGACUCGAGGCUUUAUUGGCGGAAAAUGGGUGGAUGCUUAUGAUGGGAAGACUAUACAAGUGAACAACCCGGCUACUGGACAGGUUAUCGCAGAUGUUGCAUGCAUGGGUACUAAAGAGGCAAAUGUUGCAAUUGCUUCUGCAUACGAGGCAUUUCAAACUUGGGGCAAGACUACUGCUGCUGAAAGGAGCAAGUUGUUGAAGAAGUGGUAUGAUUUAAUAAUUGCCAACAAGGAGCAACUAGGUGAAUUGAUAACACUGGAGCAGGGAAAGCCUCUAAAUGAAGCCAUUGGGGAGGUUUCUCUAGGGGCUAGUUAUAUCGAGUUCUAUGCAGAGGAGGCUAAACGAAUCUAUGGUGAUAUAGUUCCAGCUAAUCUCCCAAAUCGCCGCCUUUUUCUAAUAAAGCAGCCUGUGGGUGUCGUCGGAGCUAUAACUCCCUGGAACUUCCCUUUCGCUAUGAUCGCUCGGAAGGUUGGUCCUGCCCUUGCUGCUGGCUGUACUGUGGUCAUAAAGCCCUCUGAAUUGACUCCCUUAUGCGCUUUGGCUGCAGCUGAGCUUUCUCGUCGAGCUGGAAUUCCACCGGGUGUAGUGAAUGUGGUUAUGGGAAUUGCACCUGAAAUUGGGGAUGCUUUACUUGCAAGUACUCAGGUAAGAAAGAUCACAUUCACAGGAUCAACAGCUGUCGGCAAAAAGCUGAUGGCAGGUGCUGCUGGGACUGUUAAGAAGGUGUCCCUUGAACUUGGAGGAAAUGCACCUUGCAUAAUUUUUGAUGACGCAGAUCUUGAAGUGGCCAUUAAAGGAACUCUGGGGGCUAAGUUCCGUAAUACUGGGCAAACAUGCAUCUGUGCAAAUAGAAUACUUGUGCAAGAAGGUAUUUAUGACAAGUUUGCCAGAGCUUUGUCUGAUGCUAUCAAAAAUUUUAAAGUCGGGGGUGGUUUCAAUGAAGGAGUCGUCCUGGGACCUCUUAUAAAUGAAGCUGCAGUGCAGAAGGUUGAUACAUUGCUGCAAGAUGCUGUCUCAAAGGGAGCGGAAGUUCUUGUUGGCGGUAAGAGACAUGGCCUUGGAUUUACAUUUUAUGAGCCAACAGUGAUAAGUAAUGUUAAUAAGGAGAUGCGCAUCUCAAGUGAAGAAGUGUUUGGACCAGUUGCACCUCUGUUGCGGUUUAAGACGGAGGAAGAAGCUAUCUCCAUUGCUAAUGACACCGAUGCAGGCCUGGCUGCUUACAUAUUCAGUACGAAUGCUCAAAGAACUUGGCGAGUUGCAGAAGCUCUGGAAUGUGGAAUUGUUGGAAUUAAUGAAGGACUCGUUUCAUCAGAGGUGACUCCACAUGGAGGGGUUAAGCAGUCUGGGCUCGGCAGGGAAGGCUCUAAAUAUGGGAUGGAUGAGUAUUUGGAAAUUAAGUAUCUGUGUCUGGGCAAUCUGUAAUCGGAAACUCGAGGCACCUCCGUAAAAAGCUACUGGUUACAAAAUCAGUGCUGCAUUGCACAUUUUCUAGUACUGUGGUUUGGUAUCUUUUGUAUGUUGUAACCUUAAACUCUCCUCUGUUCGUCGUGCUCUGUUCCUUCUGUUUCUUGUAAUUGUGUCUCGUAUUUCAGUUCUUUUGUGUAUAUUAAAAGAUGUUGCAGAAAUGUUUCAA